UUUUUUUUUUUUGGUUCAUCAAGCCGAUUAGGGUUACUUUCACUUUUGAGAACAGGGAGGGUCCUCAAAAAUGGAACAUCAGGAAAGUCAUCAGACUUGCUUUAACCUGCCUUCCUUGCUUCAACUAAUUUGGGUUAACUUUCUCCCAUUUAUCCACACGGCGCCUUUAAAACUUGCACCAUACUUGUCCGCCCCGCCUUAAUGAGUUCCUUUGGUGACCCCAGCUUCACCUUGCAGAUAUCUUCUCCAGGUAUCCAAUACCCAUACUCCCACUCGGCCAUAGCAAGGGGUUGGGGUUGGCUUUUUUUCCGGCAACUGCUCACAGCUUCCAUCAAGCCGGGGUUUCCACUUCCCGCUAGGAAGCGUCGGGGACGUCCGGGCACUGCGCACCUCGGCAGCGCCGGUUACCAAGCGCCUCCUCCCCCCUGUCUGUGGGACAACGCUCUGGAAGACCUCCGCGUGGAUGGCCGUGGCUGUGAGGACUACCGAUGUGUUGAAGUGGAAACCGAUGUGGUGUCCAACACCAGUGGGUCCGCCAGGGUCAAGCUGGGUCACACAGACAUCUUGGUGGGCGUGAAAGCAGAAAUGGGGACGCCGAAGCUGGAGAAACCAAAUGAAGGCUACUUGGAGUUCUUUGUUGACUGUUCAGCCAAUGCUACCCCUGAAUUUGAAGGUAGAGGAGGUGAUGACCUUGGCACCGAGAUCGCUAACACCCUCUAUCGGAUAUUUAACAAUAAAAGCAGUGUCGACUUGAAGACCCUCUGCAUUAGUCCUCGGGAGCACUGCUGGGUUCUCUAUGUGGAUGUGCUACUGCUGGAAUGUGGUGGAAAUUUGUUUGAUGCCAUUUCCAUUGCUGUAAAGGCUGCUCUCUUCAAUACAAGCAUACCAAGGGUUCGAGUUCUGGAGGAUGAAGAGGGGUCGAAGGACAUUGAAUUGUCUGAUGACCCUUAUGACUGCAUACGACUAAGUGUGGAGAAUGUCCCCUGCAUUGUCACUCUGUGCAAGAUUGGCUAUCGGCAUGUGGUGGAUGCUACUCUUCAGGAGGAGGCCUGCUCGCUGGCCAGCUUGCUGGUAUCGGUGACCAGCAAGGGAGUUGUGACGUGCAUGAGGAAAGUGGGGAAGGGCAGCCUGGACCCAGAGAGCAUCUUCGAGAUGAUGGAGACAGAUGAGGCUGUGGCAUGCCAGUGGUAUGACAAACAGCUACCCAACUUGGAUGGCUGGCUAAACGCUUCCAGGAAAAAUGAAGAAGGAAGAGAAAAAGAUGGUGGCAUCUGUCUCUAGCCACCCCAUACCUUUCCCUGAAGGCCAUCCCUACAUGUAACGUACAUAUAUUGCAAAUGAAACAAAACACCAUAUGAGCAGGGGCUCUCAAGGAGAGGUGUUUAUUGGAAAGAUCUGAUUGUUGCAGCUCUCAGAAUGAGAGAAGAGAAAACUGAAGACAGAGACUGGCAAAGACUUGGAAAAAUAUUAUCCUGGGACAGACCUGUUUCAUCCAGCAGAGCCACAGCUGUCUUUAGUGGUCUUUAAAUAAACAUUAGGUAGAAGAAUAUUGAAGAUGGUCAAAGUAAGGGCGAGGUAUAAGAAAUGCAAUGUUAAGUAAUAACUGGGUUUUUAAUUGUCUCUGAUUCCUUAGUCUUCCAAAUUACGAGUUAAUUUUUUUUUUCUUUUUUUUUAGAGAUAAAGUUUCACUGU